AAAUCGAACCUCUCCAAUCUCCCCCCAGCUCGUGGGUUGAUUUUUCUUUUCUGUCUCUAUCUAAUUUUCCCUCUCUGUCCCUCCUCUUCGGUUCCAAUGACUAUGUGGAAUCUUCUUCUCCCAUUCAAACCCUAAUUUGAAUUAUGUGAUCCCACCUCCUCAACUACAACCCAUCUUUUAUUAUAUAUAGUAAUAAUCAUCAGUAUUUUCGUAGAAAAAAAACAUACACUUUCCUUGCUGGUUGGUUGUUUUAUGCUUUCACUGAUGUUAUUUGGCAACAUGGGUUUUCAAAUUUCUGAUGAACUGUUGGGUACUUUUGUCCCAAUUCUUGUCUACUGGGUUUAUUCGGGGUUGUAUGUUGGAUUAGGAUACUUUGAAAAUUAUAGAUUGCACACCAAGCAGGAUGAGGAUGAGAAAAAUUUGGUCUCCAAAGCCACUGUUGUGAAAGGCGUUCUUCUUCAACAAUCUAUACAAGCUGUUGUUGCUAUCCUCUUGUUUACGGUAACUGCAAAUGAUUCUCAGGCUGCUAUAGAUCAACAACCUUCCCUAAUUGUUCUAGCUAGACAGUUUGUUAUGGCUAUGUUGGUUUUGGAUACUUGGCAGUAUUUCAUGCAUAGAUACAUGCAUCACAACAAGUUUCUAUAUAGGCAUAUUCAUUCUCAACAUCAUCGGCUUGUUGUCCCCUAUGCGUUCGGAGCUCUAUACAAUCAUCCACUGGAGGGGCUUCUGCUUGACACAAUUGGUGGGGCCUUAUCUUUUCUCUUCUCUGGGAUGUCUCCUCGAGCCUCCAUUUUCUUCUUCUCAUUUGCCACCAUCAAAACAGUGGAUGACCAUUGUGGGUUAUGGCUUCCUGGGAAUCUUUUCCACAUGUUCUUUAAAAAUAAUACUGCUUAUCAUGAUGUCCAUCAUCAGCUUUACGGAAGCAAAUACAACUUUUCACAGCCAUUCUUUGUCAUGUGGGAUAGAAUUCUUGGAACAUAUAUGCCUUACUCACUUGAGAAGAGAGAAGGGGGUGGCUUUGAAGCACGGCCUGCUAAAGAGUACAAGGACGAUUAAAUGUUGCCUGAUGAAGGCCUUGUUUCAGCAAUAUACCACCACCACCAUUAGUCUUUCCUCUAUUAAUUAACUGCAUCGGUUUUGUGAUUUGUGUAUAUACAAAUUGUUGUGCUUUCUUAUUAUUAUUAUUAUUAUUAUUUUUUAUGUAGUUAACACAAAAAAGGAUGCAUCCACAUAAUUUUUGGCAGUGACGAUCUAUAAAGUGCAGUGGUUAUAUUUUA